AUUUUGUUAAAAAAGGGUGGAGUGGAGAUUAGCUUUGUUUUUACUUGUCUGUUGACGAUUUAAAAAUUUUAUUUAAAUCCGACUUCUAAAUGUGUGGUAUAUAAAAUAGCACUCAAAUAUGAAGUGUAUAUUAUUUAUUUCGAUAUGUAUAUUUAUAAGUUGUGUGCUGCCGAUAUCGUCAGAAUGUAAUAUUCCAAUAGUUCUAAGGAAUUCUUGGUUUUCAUUUGAAAAUGGUCAACAGACAACUACUGACAUCAACGCAAAUGAAAUGACCGGCAGAGGAGUGUGUGUUAACAUACAUUCUGAGUCACAGUCAAAUUACUCUAUGGUAUUUAAAUACACCAAUUGUUACUAUUGUGUGAAACUUAUGGUCAGAACGGUGAAUGUUCUGGAGAAGAUCGAGACUCCCUGUGUGGACUUGGAGCCACAUGAAGAGCCGACAGUGGAGAGAGUGUGCAGGCAUCUCAACCCCGAUCAAUAUUUUGUUACCCUGUUUGCUGAGAAUUUUGUUCCUGUAAAUUGUCGCUCAUCAUUGGAAGGCGUGUGGCAGUUUGCGUAUCAAAACCGCUUCAGAUUCACAGGUGAAUGUAACAAUCCCGAAGCACAAAUAAGAUCCUGUCAGACAGCUGGUACGCAGUUCUUGAUCACAAAUCAAAAGUUUAAUAUCACAUACAGAAAGUGCCCCGGAAUGUCUGGUACAUUUGAGGGUGUUGUUGAAUAUAGUUGUUUGGGACAUUGGUUUGUCAAUAAAAACAUGUUCUUUGCUGUGGCAAACACAAAGGAAUCUCGUAAGGACGAAAGAUACCGCUGUUUCUUGAGGAACAGAGAUGAUGAUCUCUAUAUUGGUGCAUCCAUAACGCCGCAAUGCAGUACCUUGAAAACCGUUGAGAAGUCUCCAGAGAGAUAUAGGAUAACACCAGUGAAAGCUGAAGUUGUAGAACCAGGCUGUCGAUUACCACAAAACUUUUCUGGCGAUUGGAUCAAUACCGCUAACAUAGACGCUGACGUGUUUAUAAACGAAACACAUAUAAUCGAGACCUAUUAUCCUGAUGAGGGGCGAUAUAGACGUACCAUUUAUGUGUGCAGAGAACAGCGUGACAGCAGAGUGAUGAUGGCAAGAUUAACUGUAGAUGGGUGUCAGAAGGAUUAUGUCUGUUUUGAUUUUGUACCACAACAUCAUAACGUCAUAAGGUUCCGCAAAGGUUUAGCCAUGACGCAAAACAAUUUCCACACAGUGUGCUCUUGGGUACAGUUUCAGAAUAAACAGAAGUGGCGUUAUGAUAUAUUCCUUAAGAAGGAUCCAACGCCCAUCAGAUGCCCGGUUGCUGGAAAAUUUAACUUCACGCAAAGAGGCGAUGUUAGGUUUGAAACAAGAAUCCUUGGGGGUGUCACACUAAGUCCUCGGCCCAAUUUGUACUGCAAAAUAAAUAUAAGUGAUUUCUCUGUGUGUGAUGUCGAUCAGAAAACAGUUCAGAUAAAGGAGAAUUACUGCCUCUCUGUUGAUUAUUUGGGAAGACCAGUGGAUAUUUAUAGUGACCCAGAUUAUAAGAUGAAAUGUAUUGGAUAUUGGAAAGAGAACUUGAAGUCGUAUUUAAUUACGUAUGACGAACUUGAUCCAUUCUCCAAAUAUAGAUGUUGGGUAUAUCAGAGAGCAGAUCUUAAUAGAGUGCUCAUGUCCCAAGCUCUCGGCGCAUAUUGUGAUUUGAAACAAGAUGUUACGUCAUGGAACUAUACAGAGGGCGCUGCGGUCGCGAUAGAAAUGGAAGAGUAUGAAAGGGAAAGAGAUCAAUGUCCAAUGCACUUCGACGAUGGGAGUGACCCUUGGGCGACAAAAGAGAACUUUAUUAAAGUGUUCUCAUUCUCCUAUUCGUUUUGGAGAGGAAACAGUGCGCCGGCGUUGUAUAUGACAAACUUAACAAUAGUGGUUCUAUUAGUUUCUGUUAUGAAAUGCCUACUUACUUAAAUAUAGGUUAGAAUCCAUUUCUCUUAAUUUUUUAUUACAAUGUGAAUAUAUAUGCAUAUGCAUCAGUAUCUUUGAUGAUGAAAGUGAGUCAUUUUUUACUAAUAGAAUGACUAACUAAUAUUUUUAUUUCAGUUUACUUAAAAAUACGUAGAAACAAUUUGGGUUCUGAGGAACUUGUACUUAGGUACUAGCAAUAACUCGUAAGAAGUAAGGUACAGUCAAUCAUUAUGGGUAAAAUUUAUUGGUUAAUGCUAUAGUUUCCUAACUACUGCCUUAAUGUUUAUCUAGAUAUGUGUAAUUUAGUGUAUUUUUAGUAGAAUCUCUGAGCACAAUAAUUAGUGAAUUGUAAUUAACCAAUUUCAAAGAGUUUUAUUUUCUUUAUAUAAUAGCUUGUUUUAUAGAAUAAAUAAUAAUGAUCUGAUAUAAAACAUUUUAAAGUACUGUAUGUUUAUUGUAAUCUAACCAGCACAAUCUUUAGGAUAUAAAUAUGGGUAAAAUUAAGUGCCUUAAAUAAUGUAGGGUUUAGUAGCUUAAAAAUUUUCGUAGAAAUCUUAAUUGUAUACCUCAAUUUAUAAAAUUCUUUGUUUUUUUUCUACAAUUAAACUUUGUAUACUAACGGCAGCAUAUUUGUCAAAUCAACUUAGUUUUUGUUAAACCAGUUUGCAGCAGGCAUUGUACAAUUUAUAUUGUAUUAGACAUAUAAGUAUUAUAUCAAAAGAUACAAAAUCCGUCCAGUUAUAUAGUUUAAGCAUUAUAUUUUUUAAGUCUUAUGAGACUGUUUUUAAUGUAUAAUUUUAAUUUUUCUAAAAGACAUUUCUUUAAACAAUCCGUCCAAAUAUUUUUAUAAUUUUUUCUGACAAUAAAAGUUAAAACAUUUAAAUG